AUGAGGCGCCGUUCUGGGAGCCCGGGCUCCUCCGGGCUUGACUCAUUCCGGGAGCCUGGCGGAGCCACCCCGACGCCCCCGGACACCUACUUCUCACUAAACCUUUCAGAACAACAGUCUCCGCCGGCCCCUCGCAGCCGCUUCCCAGAGCGCCCGCGUCCCGAAACUGACCCUCGUCAGCCCCCGUCCGCGGAGGAAGCGGCGGAGGGGCGUGGAGCGGCGCGCGCAGGUGCGGUGGGGGCGUGCGUCCCCGCGCCCCGGCCCGCGCAGCAGGUGCGGCCAGGCCCCACCUCCCCUGCGAGGCCCGGGCUACUCACCCCGACCAAGUUCUGCGACCCAGCCGCCGGCUCAGAGGCCACUUCCGCCGGCUUCGCAGCCCCCUCGAAGCCACCGCCCCCUGGGCCCCUGCCGUCGCCGCCGUCCUCGCCGCCGCCGCCACCGCCGCCGCGGCGCGCGUCCGCUCUCACGCACACCGCCGUGGCCGCGCACGCGCUUUGGCGCGCUGGCGUCACUAAGCAACCGCUGGGCGGCCGGCGGGCGGUGUCCCAGUGUUUCGGGCCCGGAGGUCGCCUCAGGCGGGUUGUGCUGGUUUUCCGCACCCACCCGACCCCUUGCCCUUCGGAGCUGGGGCCCAGGGUGUGGCUGCCCUUCGGCACCUGGCUCCGGGUAAGUGACGUCACCAUACGUCACUGUGUGGCGUCACCGAGCUCAUCACUGCGAAUGGGAAGGUCCCCGGCUUGAUCGCGUCCCGCGAGUCUACGGGGCGCCUAUGGUGCAGAGAGCAGUGGCCUCGUGCAGACGGGCGCGGGAGCCAUAGAGGACUUCUGCGAAGGGCGGAUGGUUCUCAAAGGGGGAAAGCCAACCAGGCUGACUGCGCGCUGAAGGUGGAAGGCGGCGAGGGACCGUCGCUGACUCGGAGGAGGGGCAGUGGGCCCAGCCUUGAAUUCCCCUGACUCUCGGUUUCCUCAUCCUAUAAGUAGGGACGGAUAACCGUGCCCAUCCAGCCUGCAUCGGAGAGUGGUGAGGCUGAAGGAAAGGUGCUCUGUAAAGCUUUACCGUCAGAGAAGGCAGUCAAACAAAAGCAAUCAAGAAUGGACUUGGGGCUCUCGCCGGUUUGGUUCGGUGGAGCACAGGCCCGCGGGCUGAAGGGUCGUGGGUUGGAGUCUGGUCAAGGGCAUGUCCCUGGGUUGCAGGCUCCACCUCUGGCCUGGGUGGGGGCAAGCAGCCAACUGAUGAAUCUCUCUCACAUCCCCCUUCCUUCCUCUCCCUCUCUCUGAAAAUCAAUGGAGAAAAUACCCUCCUAUGAGGAUUAACAAAAAAAAAAACGGCCUUCCAGUCAGAUUCCAGUGCGGGAUUUUGGAGAGAGUAACUGGAGAGGACAUAAUUCCAGGCAAAAGAAGCUUCCCGCGUGAAGGUGUGAACAUGAAAAUGGACAGGAAGAAUAAGGCUUGGGGCAGGGAGAUUAGUUUUGAGGCCAUUGCUGUACUCCAGAUAAGAAGCAAGGAGCAGAACCAACUCAUUGGCGAUGAUAAUCAUUGGCAACGGGAAGGGGUAGAUGUGAGCGUGGUUAAGGUGGUAGAAUGGGCAGCGCUGAGGGGACUAAAUGUGUAGGCCACAUUUCUGAUAUGGAUGCUGCUGGGGUGGAUGGUGGAAACAUUUAGCAAGAUGCAAAGAAAACAGUCUCCCGGCUGUCCAAAGGUUUCUGACCUAAGUUACGAGUAGUGGCAGUCCUAGGGGGAUGACUAGACUUGUGGGCUAUGAUGAUGAGUUCAAAUAUAAAUGUUUAUUGGGGAAACACUUAUUCUUCACUCAUGAUGUCUCCUUCCAUAUGGAGUGACAUCCAUUAAUAUUCGUGGCCUCCCGCUGCGCCUGCCUCCAGCUCACUCCUCCCUGAUUGGUGAAUUUAGAAAAAAAGAAUGUGUACCCAAAGGAAGCUGCCUUCACACAGCUGUCCUGGUGUUCUUCUCUCCUCCAGGAGCAGGGCCUUGGGGCGGGGUUGAGGGUGCCUGGUCCAGGGCUACAGAGUUAGUAAACCUAUUUAAUUCCAGAGUUUGGCAUUAGGAAGCUCUCUGUCUACAGAUAAUAUCCAAUACUUUUCCAGUUGUAGUAUCCUAUAUAAUAAAAUCCUAAUAUGCAAAUUGUCCCCUUGGGCAGGAAUUCAACCCACCAAGAGUUUGACUGCUCGCUAUGACAUGUGCUGACCACCAGGGGGCGGCACAGAAUAUGGUGGGCAUUGGCCAUGCGGCAGUAGAAACUGCUGGCCCCAAUGGGCCCUUCGGGAGCCAGACCACGGCAGGAUGGUGGAGCAGGUGAACGGGUGGCAGGCCAACGAUUCUGAAAUGGCGAGAUUAUCUUGGAAUCAGGCUGGGCUGGAGACAGGAGAGCCAUAGUCAGAAAAGGAAAUAGGAUGAUGGAAGCAGAGAUCAGAGAGAUUUGGACAGUCUGUACCGCUGGCUUUGAAGAUGGAGCCAGGAAUGCAGGCAUCCUCUAGAAGCUGGAAAAGGCAAGGAAAUAAUUUCUCCUAGAACCCCCAGAAAGAACACAGCCCAGCCUUGAUUUCAAGAUUACUGAUCUCCAAAACUGUAAGAUAAUAAAUUUGUGUAUUAAGCCCCUAA